UGGAUCCGGACGCAACAUUCUUCCUUCUCGGCUGUAAAAAUAUAGGCUUGGUUUUGGAUUGAACAAAUUCGCACCUUUGACAGUUCAUGUGCGAUUCACAAUUUCUGACCAACAUGGCCCAUGGGCCAUGGCCCAGCUCAAUAAACUAACACGAGUGGGCUGGGCUAGCAGAUAUCCAUGUUUUUUUUUGUCUGAAUAUGUUUCAGCGGAUUUUGCAAGAAGAAGAGGAGGAAGAAGGAGAAGCAGCAGCGGACGGACGGCAACCGAGUAAUUCGUUCACAGAUGCGCAAUGGAGAUCACCACGAUGCCGCAGGUCAUGCAACUCCAUGCACAGAUCCUCAAAUCGCCCAACACCACCAGCCCUGACCUCAAUAUCUCCAAGCUCUUCACCUUCUCGGCUCUCUCUCCCCAUGGCGACCUCAGCUACGCUCGCCUCAUCCUCGACUCGCUCUCCGCCCCAAACUCCUACUACUUCAACACCAUGAUCCGCGCUUAUUCCCAGAGCCCCGACCCCGACCACCCUCCCCGUGCUCUCUCCCUCUUCCUCUCCAUGCUCCACGACCCGGCCUGCCUCACCCCUGGACCCGACAAGUUCACUUACCCUUUCAUUUUCAAGUUCUGCGCUCGCUCGAGGUCGACCCGCCUGGGAAAGCAAGUGCACGGGUUGGUUGCCAAGUCGGGUCUCGCUUCGGAUCAGUAUAUAGAGCACGCCCUGAUCCAUAUGUACUCUUCUUGCGGCGAGUCGGCUUGUGCGUGUAAGGUGUUCGAUAGAAUGUCGCAGAGAGAUGUCGUCUCGUGGACUUGCAUGAUCGAUGGGAUGGUUGAAGAUGAUAGUCCUGUGGAGGCGAUCAGGUUGUUCGAGAGGAUGAGAAAGGAAGGAGUAGGGAUUAACGAUGCGACGGUGGUCUCGGUUUUGAGAGCAUGUGCUGACACCGGGGCAUUGGGAAUGGGGAAGAAGGUACAUGUGAUUGCUAAGGAGAUAGAGAUUGAUUCGAAGGCUAAUGUCAGCACUGGACUCAUUGAUAUGUACGCAAAGUGCGGGGAUCUAAACAGCGCAAGGCGAGUUUUUGAUGACAUUGCAGAAAAGGAUGCUUUUGCUUGGACUGCAAUGAUAUCCAGCCUGGCCAGUCAUGGGAAGUGCAUGGAUGCUAUCAAUUUAUUCCUCGAGAUGAGGAAAAUGAGCAUAAAACCAGAUGAAAGGACAAUGACUGCAGUUUUAUCAGCGUGUCGAAAUGAGGGCUUGGGUAAUGAAGGUCUGCGGUACUUCAAGAACAUGAGAAGGAAAUACGGGGUAAGACCAACAAUUCAUCACUAUGGAUGUAUUGUGGACAUUCUUGCCCGAGCAGGGCAAUUGGAAGAAGCUGAAGAGUUCAUAAGGAAGAUGCCUAUUGAACCAGAUGCGGCGAUGUGGAGAAACUUAAUUUGGGCUUGUAAAGUUCACGGAGACAUAGAAAGAGGCGAACGCUUAAUGAAGCAUCUCCAAUUGUUUGAGACAAAUGCUGAUGAUUGCGGGAGCUAUGUGCUCAUCAGCAAUGUCUAUGCGUCAGCCGGAAAAUGGUGUGAUAAGGCGAGGGUUAGGGAAUUGAUGGAUAAGAAGGGACUCAGGAAACCACCAGGAUCCAGUAGGAUUGAGGUCGAUGGGUUAAUUCAUGAAUUUGCGGCAGGAGAUUCAAGUCACCCUGAAGCGGAGAAGAUAUACGAGAAAUUGGAUGAGAUUGAAGAGAAAUUGAUCGCAGAAAGGUAUAGUCCUAAACUUUCGCAGGUACUGCUCGAGAUAGAUGACGAGGAUAAAGCAUUUCAGUUGCGCCAUCACAGCGAAAAGCUUGCCGUCGCAUUCGGGUUGAUUAAGACCAAUCCGGACUCCGAAAUACGGAUAGUGAAGAACUUGCGGUCUUGUGAGGACUGCCAUGCAGUCAUGAAAUUGCUGUCCAAGAUAUACCAGAGGGAGAUAAUAAUGAGGGAUCGCGUACGCUUCCACUAUUUCAGGCAUGGGGAAUGCUCUUGCGGUGACUGCUGGUGAUGACGUAUCGUUUCUGUUACAUCGGAAAGUGGAAAGAAUCGAAGAACCCAUCUUGGGCUACCACAUGUAGAUGACUGCUCCUGAAUUCCUCCUCUUCAACGAUUUUGCCAUUGCUUUCAGAAUUUUAAGAGAUGUGUUGCAGACUUGCAGUGCAGCCACAAGAGCAUACAAUCACCAAAGCUUAGCGGGUGAAACAUGAAUUUGACAGAAACUUUUCCUUGCUUCUUUGACAACAUUUCUUCAUUGCAGAGAUGAAUUGUCGGCUAACGAUCAUGAAUUGGGGAACCUUACCGGGCCCAAGAAAAGUUGACAAUAUGCUAUCAAUUGCGAGGUCCGGCCGGACCCAGUAAUAAUGUUCACUGCCUAAUUAGAACGGUUCGUGGCUGAUGGCUCGAGCCAACGGCAGAAGUUUUGCAGCCCAAUAUUCUAGCCCAUUUAAUCUGGGUGAAAAUUCACCUGAUUUGCCCGCUGAACCAUGCUUAAAUUACCCCGUCACAAUGCUCCUAAACCAAUGAUACAGCGAUCAUCCAACCUUUAAUCUAGCCAGUCAUUUCUGAGCGACGUAGGAGGAGCGUCUUCGCGUGGUGAUUCAAGAUGACAUGUUGCUCCCUCCUCCUAAAUG